AUGCACAAAGUCCGCCCCGAUUUCAAUCAGCUCCAGGCCUCGCGGCCGAAAUUCCGCCAAGACGCUGAAGUCACCUGCACCCAGCCCCCGAACGUCGACUGGAAGAAUGGCGAUGGCGCCAAUGACGGCGGUGAGAGUCUGAAGAAAGACCAUGUGGAGAUCAAUCCCUACGCUGAGGGCCGCCCGUCAGCAUACAACUACAAGCUCCUGAUCUCCGGCAUGACCCCUCGGCCGAUUGCCCUCGUCAGCACCAAGUCGCUAGACGAGAAGACCACCAACCUCGCUCCUUUCAGUUACUCGCAAGUUGUCUGCCAUGACCCGCCCACCUUCGUUGUUGGGUUCGCUGGCUCGCUAGAGAAGGCCAAGGACACCCUGAAGAACCUGAACGAGACCAAAGAAUGCGUGAUCAAUAUUAUCUCCGAGCACUUUAUCGAAGCUGCCAAUGCGACAUCCGUCAAUGCACCUUAUGGACACUCUGAGUGGGAUACUUCCGGCCUGACUCAGGCCCCCACCUCGGUGGUCAAACCUGCUCGUGUCAAGGAGUCUGUCCUGGCUAUCGAGGGCAAGCUGGUGGAAAUCAAGGAGAUUGAGAGUCGGUCUAACCCUGGCACAACGAGCAGUGUAAUGGUUAUUAUUGAGGGUGUUCGAUUCUGGGUUCGCGAGGAUGCUAUCGACGAGGCGCAGAGUGUCAUCGACUUGAAGGUUCUCAAGCCUAUCAGUCGGUUGGGUGGCAUUUCAUAUGGUCGCACCACCGAGGUGAUGGAGCUUCCUCGUCCGGAAUUCUAA